CGCAGCUUGUCCUCCUGUCUUCUCCGCAGUCCGCUCCUCAUUCAUCGACCGACACCUCCCUACACGAUCCGACACCGACAUGUCUCCGAGGAAGUUCUUCGUGGGCGGAAACUGGAAGCUGAACGGCGAUAAGAAGAGUCUGGGGGAGCUGAUCAAUACCCUGAACAGCGGCAAGGUCAGCGCCGAGACAGAGGUCGUCUGCGGCGCUCCUUCCAUCUAUCUGGACUUCGCACGACAGAAGUUGGACGCCAAGUUUGGUGUAGCCGCCCAGAACUGCUACAAAGUCGCAAAAGGAGCGUUCACCGGAGAGAUCAGCCCGGCGAUGAUAAAAGAUGUUGGGGUCACCUGGGUGAUUCUCGGACAUUCGGAGAGGAGACACGUCUUCGGGGAGUCCGAUGAGCUGAUUGGCCAGAAGGUGCAGCACGCUCUGUCUGAGGGGGUCGGGGUCAUCGCUUGUAUCGGGGAGAAGCUCGACCAGCGGGAAGCCGGAAUCACAGAGAAGGUUGUGGCCGAGCAAACCAAGUUCAUUGCAGAUAAUGUAAAGGACUGGAGCAAGGUUGUCCUGGCGUACGAACCUGUCUGGGCGAUCGGUACAGGAAAGACGGCCACACCCCAGCAGGCUCAGGACGUUCACGCCAAGCUCCGGGAAUGGUUGAAGGCCCACGUGUCCGAUCAAGUCGCACAGUCCGUUCGGAUUAUCUAUGGCGGUUCUGUCACAGGAGGAACCUGCAAGGAACUGGCAUCCCAGCCUGACAUCGAUGGCUUCCUCGUGGGCGGAGCUUCCCUGAAACCAGAAUUCAUUGAAAUCAUCAACGCCAAGUGUUAGUCCCGCCCCCUUGAGAAAUCCUCGCCUUCCUGUAAACGGUUUAGAACAAAGUCGUGUCCUGUAGUCUGAUCCUCCAAUGGGACGUCUCGGUGGAGAUGUGUAAUAAAGAGAUGAGACGGCU